AAAAGUAACAUGCAAUAGGUACAUCGCCUCUAACAUUUUAAUAUUGCCUCAAACUAUAUCAUGUCUGACUUCACUGAUGAUAUGCGUGAAAAAUAGUCAAACCCACAUUUAAAAAAAUGUAUUUUUAACGUCAGCGCCAGGUUAUAUUGGUAACAUUUUUGGUAAAAGUCACUUUCAGUUGACGUCAUACAGUAUAUUGUUCAAUCGGUUCCCUAGAGGCUUUUGGAACAGGAGCUGUCCACACACAAGAGUCGGCUAGUCAAAAGUGAUGGGAUUCUACCGUACUGCUCCCCCAUGUUCAGCCAUAGCCAUGAAAAUCGCCCUGGUGACUGGACUUCUGGCACACCAGGUGAUCUUCAGCGUUUCGUUGCGAUCCAGUGACUGCGUUUCCAUAAAGGAGGCCUGCGUGUCUGAGUCGCAUGCGUGUCGAAGUGGAUGGGACAUGCUGAAGAAAGUGUGCCGUGUCUCGGGUGAAAGCUGCAGGGUGGUGGAUUCGGAGGAGUGUAAUAUGACCAUCGCUUACCUGCUGGGCCAGUUCCCGGAUUGGAAAGGUUGUCUGUGCAUAGAGGAGGACUACUGCAGAACCCCACAGCUGCUGGCCCCCAACUGCCACUCUCAGCCAGGUGGUGAAACACCCUACCAGGCCCCCAGUGGGAGGGGCUGGUUUCAGCCAGACGCAGGCCCAGCAUCCGUGAGUCCAGAGGGCCAGGGGUGUCUGUCUGUCCUGCUGGGCUGCCAGGAGUCCCCCCGCUGCUGGUCAGCGUUCAGGAAGCUCAGAAACUGCAGCUCAGGCGAGGAUCAGUGCCGCACCCUGGCCUCCCGCAGUUCUUGUCUGCUCCUCUGGGGGGAGCUGAAGAGCACUCCUCUGGCCAACUGUACCUGUCCGGUGGGGGGGAAGAGGUGCCUGAAGGUACAAGCUCUCCUCCAGAACAGCCCCUGUAUUCAGGAGGAGAGGGAGUCUCUGGCCAAACCCCUGCCAAAGGCAAUACACCAAAACAUGGGCAAAGUCAAAGUGAAGAAGGAUCCCAAACCAGACUGGCAAAGAAGUGGCCUUUUAGAAGAGGCCCGUGACGUGGCCCGCUCCUGCCUGCGCUCCAUGGCGGCCUGCAUGUACGACGCGGUGUGCAACGCCCAGCUGGUGCCCCUGGUGCGGGCGUGCGCGGAGAGCCGCUGCGAGUCUGCGGCGUGCGGCCGCGCCACCCGGACCUUCUACCGGGGCCUCCCCCGCGCCGUGGCCGACACGCUGGUGUUCUGCGAGUGCCGCGCGGCCGACCCGGACUGCCUGCGCGUGAGGGCCCACCUGCAGGGCGGAGCCUGCGCCGGGAGGCCCGAGCACACGCCCACCUGCCUGGAGCUGUACGACAGGUGUCUGCUGGAGCCCCUGUGCAGGCAGAGAUACAGAACGUUCCAGUCCAGGUGUUUUGGGGAGGGAGUGGAGACUCGUUGCGCUGACCGUCUGUGCCCCCCGGAUCCCGACCUGAUCCCAGGAGGGGACACAGAGUGCCGGUGGGCGUUCGUGGGUACGAUGGGCACCGUGCUGCAGCAGCCCUGCCACUGUGAGGGACUGCAGGGCCUACACCUCCUCCACUGCCAGAGGAUCCGCCAAGUGUUCCAGGAGCGCUACGUCUUCAUUUCUCACAUGAAAAAAGAAGUCUCGUCACAUCACACUACACAGGAGAAUACGUCACCACUGAGUGGCCAGCGGUUCAGUGAUCAACUGUUUGUUGCUCUCAUAUGUGUCCUUGUGAUUGUUUUAAUACUAAUGGUUGUCAUCACCGUCUUGAGCACCUCAGGAUUGUGCAGAGGAGCAGAGAAGGCCAAAUUUCAUCCCCCUGACAGAAAGAAUAUUCCUGCUUUUCACUGAUCAUUUAUUAGACAGGUUUUACAAGCCACUCUAGCCACUAAAUUUGAAAUGUAGGGAAUAGAGAUCAGCAUUUGGAUUUUUACGAGAUGUUUUAUUGGAUUAUAUUCAUCUAUGCUCUUUCAUAGUGUCUAUUGUAAAACCACAUUGUUGAAGAAUACUUGAUGUUUCUCUCUGAACGCAGUUACAUUUCUUGUCAAAUUCUUCGAGUGGCUGAAGAAUUCUAAAUAGAUUAAGGUCUGGAAUUAAUUUGCACUUGAUUUUUAUUUUGAAAAAUACGACUGAUAGCAUUUUAUUUAUGCAUGAAAAGUUUGGAUGGAGGAGACGUUUAUGGUUAAUUUAUUGUAUGGCUUUGUUAAAGGUGUUGUUAAUGGAAAAUAAACUAUUGUCACGACAA